ACCAUCAUCAAGAGUCCCAUCAUCAAGUCCCAUCAUUAAGAGUCUCAUCAUCAAGAGUCCCAUCAUUAAGAGUCCCAUCAUCAAGUCCCAUCAUCAAGAGUCCCUUCAUCAAGAGUCCCAUCAUCAAGUCCCAUCAUCAAGAGUCCCUUCAUCAAGAGUCCCAUCAUCAAGUCCCAUCAUCAAGAGUCCCAUCAUCAAGUCCCAUCAUCAAGAGUCCCAUCAUCAAGUCCCAUCAUCAAGAGUCCCUUCAUCAAGAGUCCCAUCAUCAAGAGUCCCAUCAUCAAGAGUCCCAUCAUCAAGAGUCUCACCAUCAAGAGUCCCAUCAUCAAGAGUCUCACCAUCAAGAGUCCCAUCAUCAAGAGUCCCAUCAUCAAGAGUCCCAUCAUCAAGAGUCCCAUCAUCAAGAGUCUCAUCAUCAAGAGUCCCAUCAUCAAGUCUCAUCAUCAAGAGUCCCAUCAUCAAGAGUCCCAUCAUCAAGAGUCUCAUCAUCAAGAGUCCCAUCAUAAAGAGUCCCAUCAUCAAGAGUCCCAUCAUCAAGAGUCCCAUCAUCAAGAGUCCCAUCAUCAAGAGUCCCAUCAUCAAGAGUCCCAUCAUCAAGAGUCUCAUCAUCAAGAGUCCCAUCAUAAAGAGUCCCAUCAUCAAGAGUCCCAUCAUCAAGAGUCUCAUCAUCAAGAGUCCCAUCAUCAAGAGUCCCAUCAUCAAGAGUCCCAUUAUCAAGAGUCCCAUAAUAAAGAGUCCCAUCAUCAAGAGUCCCAUCAUAAAGAGUCCCAUCAUAGAUCCCAUCAUCAAGAGUCCCAUCAUCAAGAGUCCCAUCAUCAAGAGUCCCAUCAUCAAGAGUCCCAUCAUCAAGAGUCUCAUCAUCAAGAGUCCCAUCAUCAAGAGUCCCAUCAUCAAGAGUCCCAUCAUCAAGAGUCCCAUCAUCAAGAGUCUCAUCAUCAAGAGUCCCAUCAUCAAGAGUCCCAUCAUCAAGAGUCUCAUCAUCAAGAGUCCCAUCAUCAAGAGUCUCAUCAUCAAGAGUCCCAUCAUCAAGAGUCCCAUCAUCAAGAGUCCCAUCAUCAAGAGUCCCAUCAUCAAGAGUCCCAUCAUCAAGAGUCUUAUCAUCAAGAGUCCCAUCAUCAAGAGUCCCAUCAUCAAGAGUCCCAUCAUCAAGAGUCUCAUCAUCAAGAGUCCCAUCAUCAAGAGUCCCAUCAUCAAGAGUCUCAUCAUCAAGAGUCCCAUCAUCAAGAGUCUCAUCAUCAAGAGUCCCAUCAUCAAGAGUCCCAUCAUCAAGAGUCCCAUCAUCAAGAGUCCCAUCAUCAAGAGUCCCAUCAUCAAAACAGGUAAGGAAAUUACCAGAUUGACUGAUAAGGUAAGGAUACAGGAGGCACACAUCAAGAAACUAGUGAAAGAUAAUGGGAUCUGUAAAAUGAAGACGGGUGAAUUUGAAGAAAUUAACAAGAAAAAUAGACUC